AAGGCUGAGAUGACAGAGCUGAGCGCCCGCCGACUUGCUGGGACUCAGGCGCCAUGAAGGUCCUCGUUGUGCUCACCUGCCUCCUCGGCCUGAGCCUCUGUUUGCCGAAUCUGGAUGAACAUCCUCGGUUUGCACGGUCGCACAGUCGUGAGAGACAUGGGCCAAAACGCCGUCCUCACAGACCACCUGGUAGCUACCCAAUGGGACCCCCCAUGCCACCCCCCAACCGUGGGAUCGAUCCCAUUAUUCCAUUUUUAAUCAACCGUUUACUGACCACCACAACCACAGCUACAACUACGCCGACCACCACAACUACGCCGACGACCACAACUACGCCGACCACCACAACUACGCCGACGACCACGACAACCACCACAACUACAGCUGCCCCCGCCUAAGGGGCAUCCCAGAUGGAAAGUCGAGUCUCAGAUGAAUGUGUCAUUUUAAUGUCUGAUUUCUUUUAACACUUUAGCAAUGUUUACCUAACACAAUAAAAAUCAUUCAUUAGCA